CCGAGCCGAUGAAGGGCCUGGCCAGGCCGGCGCUGAGGGCGCGAUGGUGCCGCCUGCUCUGGGCGCUGCCGGCAAGGGCCGCCGCCGCUUCGCCGCCUCCUCCUGCCGGAGCCUCGCCGAGCUCGGGCGCGCUGAACCCCUUCGACCGCCGGCUGAAGCGGAAGCAGAAGAACUGGGCGGCGCUGCAGGCCGAGCCCGCCAAGUGCGAUUACCUGCGGGAGGAGGUUGGCGGCCGGAUCGCGGACCGGGUGUUUGACAUCACCAGGACGUUUCCUCUCGCUUUGGAUGUUGGCUCUGGAAGAGGUUACAUAGCUCAGCACUUAACUAAGGAAACAGUUGAAAAACUUAUUCAAGUUGAUAUCGCAGAGAAUGCUUUAAAAAAUGCUGUAGAAUCUGAAAUCCCGACAGUCAAGGUCGUAGCCGAUGAGGAAUUCCUUCCUUUCAAAGAAAAUACGUUUGAUCUUGUUGUCAGCAGCUUAAGUUUACAUUGGGUGAAUGACCUUCCUAAAGCUUUCAAAGAGAUCCACCAGGUGCUGAAGCCAGAUGGGGUGUUCAUCGGGGCCAUGUUUGGGGGGGACACUCUGUACGAGCUGCGCUGCUCCCUGCAGCUGGCCGAGCUGGAGAGGGAAGGGGGAUUCUCUCCUCACGUGUCACCCUUCACCGCCGUCGCUGAUCUGGGACAUCUGCUGUCCAGAGCUGGCUUCAACACCCUCACUGUGGAUACUGAUGAAAUCCAAGUGAACUACCCAGGGUUAUUUGAGGUUAUGGAAGACUUACAAGGUAUGGGGGAGAGUAAUUGCUCUUGGAAUAGAAAACCUCUGCUACACAGGGAGACAAUGCUGGCAGCUGCUGCAAUAUACCAAGAAAUGUACGGAAACAGUGAUGGCUCUGUACCUGCCACCUUUCAGAUCUACUACAUGAUUGGCUGGAAAUACCAUGAGUCACAGGCAAAACCUGCCCAGCGAGGUUCUGCAACAGUUUCAUUUGGAGAUCUGGCAAAAAUAGAAGGACUUCUUAAAAGAGGAAAAAAAUAGUUGUUCAUCAGCAAUAAUAAUUGUCUUGAAACUAUUAUAAAAGUUUUAAUUGCAGACAGUCUUCACUUGUCCUUACUUAGUGAUGACAUCCGGAAAUGAUAAUAAAGUGUGCAUAGUAGAGGUUUUUGUACUGUGCUACAGCAUCUGUGUGAAAUAGUUAAUGGUUAAUUUUUUGUUUCUAGAUAAAUAUUUGAGCAGUUUGGUCUCUGAAGUCUUUAAGAGAGCAAUUCAACUCUCAACUUUUUAUUAAAUUUACUAUUUUCAAAAAUAAGGCCUCUUCCAACAUUUCAGUAUCACACGCUGCUCCAAGUAUGAUUUACAUGUCUUGAAUGUAUUUUCUAAUUAUUUCUCAAGGAUAAUAGAUCAUAAUAAAUAAUAGUGUACUAUAACAGUAAAGAAUGAUAGCAGUUAUAGGAGACAUCCUAUAAGAGAAACUACCAGAUAAUACAAAGAUAAAAAUUAUUAUGGUUUUUAUGAGUUGGAAAGUAUGAGUAAAAAGUUACUCCAAGUAUUGUUUGAGAUUUGAAUAAUUGAUACUUUAUCUAAACAUUGGUUGAAAAUUACCUUUACACAUUACUUUCUACUUUUCUAUGUCAGAGACUAAAGAGCAAGAAGAGUAAUUUUCCUUUUAGAUGUGCCAUGGAGCUAUGACUUUUCCUGUCUACAACUAACUACAUUACCAGAAAUGGAUUUUAAUUGCAACUAGGACCCAUUAAUAUGAGACGUUUAGAAAAAAUAUCUGCCCGGAGAUUCUGCUUGAUUGUAGCACUCAUAGAGAUGGGGAGAAACAGAAAGAAUGAAGAUUAUGCAAUCAAAUAUACAGUUCUGUAAAUUGUAUAUGAGUGGUACAUCAAUGCUUGUGGAACUAAAGCCUUUUUAAGUUUAUUUCCUAAGCUUUUUUUAAGAUUAGCCACCAGAUGGAGCUUGACGGAACUUGUGUGUGGCACAAACCUUACAGGGCAGGUGGGCAGAAACCUUCUCAUCUGUAAGGUCCUGAAUUGGGGGGUUAUUUUAUUGACCAGGCUUUGACUUUGAAUGAGAAAUGGACAGAGAAGGUACAAAUCAUGAGAAGGAGGGCAGCAAUGUUCCAUCCUGAUUUUCCUCAAAAGCCUAACCCAUAAAUAUUCAAGGCAAAUGACUUCAUCAUUUGUUUUCCUAGAAAGGAACAGUAAUGCUGCUGGGAAAAGGGACCGAGACUCACCUUCAAAGCCCUCUAAACACUGAAUCUAAAACAAUAGCUUGUUUCUGUGAAAACUUUUUUUAUUUAUUACUGCAUCAGUGGACUCAGUAUAAGAUACUGCAUCUCUCUACAGGUCUUCUCUGGCAUAAAUAAAAUCCCUUUGUUUCUGGA